AUGGGAGAUAGCACCGCAGCCGGCCAAGAUGGCCUUAAUGGGAAGAAGCAGAUUCUGCUGAAUGCAUUUGAUAUGUCCACGGUGGGGCAUUUGUCGCCGGGUCAGUGGAAGAACCCAGUGGAUAAAUCGGCCACGAAGCGGAAGCUGGACUACUGGAUCGAGCUGGCCAAGCUGCUCGAACGCGGCGGUAUUAAUGCCUUGUUCCUGGCGGAUACGUACGGCGGAUAUGACACGUACGAGGGCAAGCUGGAUGAAUGCAUUCGACGUGCUGCGCAGUGGCCUGUCACUGAUCCGACUAUUCCAAUCUCGGCUAUGGCUGCCGUGACCAAGAACCUGGUGUUCGGCAUCACGGCCUCCACCUCGUUUGAGCCGCCGUUCCUACUUGCCAAACGCUUCUCCACGUUGGAUCAUCUGACGGAUGGACGGAUCGGUUGGAACAUCGUCACCUCGUGGAAGAAAGCGGCCUUCAAGGCUAUCGGGCUGGACACGCCAAUCGAGCACGACGAGCGUUAUCGCCAGGCCGACGAAUAUCUGCGCGUGCUGUACAAGCUCUGGGAAGGAUCCUGGGCCCCCGAUGCCGUCUCACCGAACCCGGAAACCGACACCUACGUGGACCCCGAGAAGGUGCGCCAGAUCAACCACAAGGGGAAAUACUUCUCCCUCAACACCCGGCACAUCGUGGACCCGUCGCCGCAGCGCACGCCGUUCCUGUUCCAAGCGGGCACCUCCGCCGCCGGGUCGGCCUUCGCGGCGAACCACGCCGAAGCCAUCUUCGUGUCGAGCCACUCCCCGGCGGUGCUGCGGCCGAAGAUCGACAACAUCCGCAAGCUGGCAGCCGAGCAGGGCCGCGACCCGCGGUCCAUCAAGUUCUUCGCGACCUUCACGCCCAUCAUCGGUCGCACGGACGAAGAGGCACGGGCCAAGUACGAGGAGCUAAAGAAGCACGCGUCGGUGGUCGGCGGCCUGGUCCUGUUCAGCGGCUGGACCGGGAUCGAUAUCUCGCGCAUUCCCAUCGAUCAGGACAUCACGGCGGCGGACUCGCUCGAGGCGCACAAGGUCACCAGCAUCCUGGACUCGUUCACCACGACCAGCGAGGACAUCCCCAAGUGGACGCCGCGCGUGGUGGCCGAGAAGGCGGCGAUCGGCGGCCUCGGACCUGUCGCUAUCGGCAGCCCGGCGCGCGUGGCGGACGAGCUGGAGCGGUGGAUCCGCGAGGCCGACGUGGACGGGUUCAAUUUGGGGUAUGUCACGACGCCGGGAACGUUCGAGGAGGUGGUGGACCUGUUGAUCCCGGAGCUGCGACGGCGUGGCGUGUAUCCCGAGUUGUCGGAGCAGGAGGACGGGCUGACGGCGCGCGAGAAGGUCUACGGGAAGGGACAGAGGGAAUUGCGGGCGGAUCAUCCGGGCAGCGGAUAUAAGUAUGAUGUUUAUCAAGAAGAGCCUCCGUACGAGGGGGAAGAGUCUGCGCCUGCUGCAUCUUAA